UGGUGGUUAACGAAUGAAAAAAAAAUAGAUGAGAAACACGACGACGAGUAUAAAAUAUUGAAAGUGGCGAAUUGGUUGCAAUCGGCGUCAUUAAUGUACUAAAAACAGAAAAAGUGGCCGUGUUCGUUGAUUUCUUUUAACAUUUUCCGCCAUUUUGAAAAGUACGAGUGUAAAGUUGGAAUUUUUAUGGACGCGUUGCUUGAAUAAAAAAAGUAAAAACUCGUGAAAAAUUAUAAAAUAAAUUUAAUUCAAGUAAUAAAAGUUAUUAAAAUUGCUAUAAAUGUGUGUAGUUAAUAAAAUAUAGUGAAUUUAUGUGUAUUUUAUUGAAAAAAACAUAAUUUUUAACAAGUAAACGAAAAACAGCAUUGUUUAAUUUCUUCCUUACUUUUUUUUUGAUGUUUAUUGGUCAAAGUAGCCGCCGCGCGACAAAGAAAAAACUCGAAAGAAAAGAGACCAACCACACUUUUGUUAAAACACAUUUUUGUAGUGAAAAGGAAGCAUUAAUCAGAAGGAAAUAAAUUAACAAUAAAAGAAAUACUUGAAUUAUCGUUUUAAAAAUAUUUAAUGCAAAACAUUGUUGUUUUUCAAUAUUGUGAAAGUUUUUCUUAUAAAGAGAGUGUGUGUGUGAUAUAAUAACAGAAAAUCGUCGUAGCCGUUUCGUAAUGAUGAUGAUCUGCUGAUAUGUUGUGUUUUAAUGAUGGAAGAGCAGCAUACAACAAGAGGGAGUUGUUGAAGAAGCGCCAAAAACAACAAUAUGAACAAAAUUGUUUACAAAAACAUCCACAUACCUAAUUAGAGCGAGCAAUAUUAUUGUAGAAAAAGAGAGAAAUAAUAAAGUGCAGUCAGUAGAACAACAAUUGUAGGCAAAAAAUAUAAAUUCAGCAAAAUAAAUCGCAAAGCAACAACAAAUUAUAAAUAUAAAAUAAAAUACAUACAUGUAUAAUAUAUAAACAAACAAAUAAACAGCAGCAAACAAUUAACGACACACAUACAACCAAGCACAUACACAUUGAUAGUACGACGAAGAAAACUGAAAUUGCGAAAUACAAAAAUUUCAUUUAAUUUGAAUUGAACUUGAAUUUCAAAUUCAAAACAACAAUUAAAGCCAACUCAAUUCAACAGUAACAACAAAAUUGCAAAAUCAUCACAUUUGUUUGUUUUAAGAUUGUCGUGAAAUAUUUUCAUUUCUUUUAUAUUUUAUUUUUUUUUUUUUAAUAAUAUUCGUUAAAUUAACUUAAGUUUAAAGUGUUCAAAAGCACACUAAAAUAAAAACAACAGAAACAGAACAGAACAGAAAAAAGAAAAACAAGUAGAAAUAGAUUUUUACAACUGGACAGCAAAGUGAUAAGAGCGCGAAAUUUUUAAAACACAUUCACACAAACCACAAGAAAAAACAACUACGUUAAAACAUAAAGCCGCAAAACUUUCGCAGCGAGUUUUAAAUUGUUUAAAUUAAAUUAAAAAAACUCAACUAAUCAAUUCAUAUAACAAGGAAGAGGAUAGAAAAAAAUUGCAUAGCUAUAGAGAGAAAAAGGGACAAGUAGUAAAUAAAAAACAAAAUUGAGCAUCAUGGAUAAAAAUAUGAUGUUACCGAAACGUUCACGAUUGGAUGUUAAAGGUCCAUUUGCCAAUGGUCCCAUGCAGGCCAGACCAUUGGUAGCACUAUUAGAUGGACGUGAUUGUUCAAUUGAAAUGCCCAUAUUAAAAGAUGUUGCUACGGUGGCAUUUUGUGAUGCCCAAAGUACAUCGGAAAUCCAUGAAAAGGUUUUAAAUGAAGCAGUCGGUGCAUUAAUGUGGCAUACAAUUAUUUUAACAAAAGAAGAUUUGGAAAAAUUUAAAGCAUUACGUAUUAUUGUCCGAAUUGGCAGCGGUACGGAUAAUAUAGAUGUUAAGGCAGCUGGUGAACUUGGCAUUGCUGUAUGUAAUGUACCCGGUUAUGGUGUGGAAGAAGUGGCCGACACAACAAUGUGUUUGAUAUUGAAUUUAUACCGAAGAACCUAUUGGCUGGCGAAUAUGGUGCGUGAAGGCAAAAAAUUCACUGGACCUGAACAAGUUCGAGAAGCAGCACACGGUUGUGCUAGAAUUCGUGGCGAUACAUUAGGUUUAGUUGGUUUGGGACGCAUUGGUAGUGCUGUUGCUUUAAGAGCAAAAGCAUUCGGCUUUAAUGUUAUAUUUUAUGAUCCUUAUCUGCCAGAUGGUAUCGAUAAGUCCCUGGGUCUUACUCGUGUCUAUACUCUGCAAGAUUUACUAUUCCAAUCAGAUUGUGUCUCACUGCAUUGUACACUGAAUGAACACAAUCAUCAUCUAAUUAAUGAAUUCACAAUUAAACAGAUGAGGCCGGGUGCAUUUUUAGUAAAUACGGCACGAGGAGGUUUGGUAGAUGAUGAGACAUUGGCGCUUGCCUUAAAACAAGGUAGAAUAAGAGCUGCAGCACUGGAUGUACACGAAAACGAGCCAUUUAAUGUAUUCCAAGGCGCCCUCAAAGACGCUCCCAACCUAAUAUGUACACCACAUGCCGCCUUCUUUAGUGAUGCAUCUGCUACAGAACUGCGUGAAAUGGCUGCUACAGAAAUACGACGAGCCAUUGUCGGCAACAUCCCCGAUGUUUUAAGGAAUUGUGUUAAUAAGGAAUAUUUCAUGCGAACACCAGCAUCAGCUGUAGCGGCCGCAGCCGCUGCGUCAGUUUAUUCAGAAGGAUUAAAUGGAGGAUAUUAUGCAGGCGCAUUGCAACAGGCACACAGUACCACACCCCAUGAUGCCCCACAUAGCGUAGGAGGAGUACCGUUAUCAGUGGUAGGCGGGGCAGCAACGAAUGUCAAUCCAUCGCCAGUACCAACCGUACCACCAGUACAUGUAUUACCACAGGUUGGAUUGCAGCUAGGACUUGUGAGUAGUAAAUCGCCCCAGACGGCGCCAGACCCUAAUAAUCAUCAUCCAUCAACAUCUAAGCCAGAGUCAUCGGAGGUUCAAUAGUUCAAAAGCACCGCCACCACCAAUUUUUCAUAAAUAUUUUUAAACGUUUUUCUUUAAUUCAAAAACAUUCGGAUGAAGACUCUUUUUCAGAAGUGUGACGUCAAACAAUUCAACAACAUCAACUUCUUGUUAUUUUCAACAAUAACCAACCACACACACACCUUAGCAAUAGUCGUGUCGUCGUCGACUUCUGUUUAAAUAUCCAAAACUCAGCUUUCUUCAACUAAAAUGCUCUUCAAGAUUUGCAAAUGAAAAACUGAAAAAUCAAUGAAAUAUUUAAGUAAAUUAUGGAAUAUUUAUGUUGAUUUAAUGCUAAAACAAAAACGUAUUAAUUGUUAAAGUAAAUGUUUUUCAAAGAAAUACAAAAUACAAACAAACAAUACUUUUAGCCAGAGAUCGUUUGAAACAAUAUUAAUAUAUAUAGUCAGAAUAUAUUCAUCAUUAUCGGUAGAAACAGAAAACACGAGUUCAAAAUUGUAUGUAUUUGUAUAGAAAAUAUGUAUUAGAAGUGUUUUCUUUUGCUAAAAGUUCGUUUGAUUUUGAAAUGUUAUGAAAACUAAAAUUAAUGUAAAUAUGUAUAGAAACGAAUUUUUAAAAAUAAUGUAGGCCAAAAAUUUUUUAUCCAGAGACCACAGUAUACUUUUCUAAAGGACUACAUACUGUGAAUCCGAAAAUUAUCUCAGAAUUUUUUAAUCACUUCAACUUUUCGAGAUAUCGUCCCAUGUUUGAUACUUUACAAUUGCACGAAGACACCUUUGUUUAUCACCCCUAUUCUGCAUUUCAAUUCUAAUCGAAAAUUUCUCCGUUUGGCAACUUUUGUAUUCUGCAUUUCGAUUUGAAGCUCCGACAUUAAAAUAACAACUAACAAAAACGUAGUUGUGAUCGUAAUGCAGAAUACACACAAUUGUAAAGCAUUGAAAAAUAUUGAAUUGCUUCUUUAUUGUUGGAAUACACAUUUUCGAUCGUAGCGUAACUCGCCUUUAAAAACAGUUUUAACUUUUGUUAUAUAUUCUUUAUUCAUAGAGAUAUCUUUACCUAAAGCUUGGAACACCCACAAAUUGUGAAAAAUUGAAGUAUUUACUACAAAUUAAUGACAAUUUUUCCACAAAACUUUGAAUUAUGGACACGUUGUCUCAAAAACCUAAUCUGUUGGGGAAAUUCUGAGACCAGAUUCGGAUUUAGCGCAGCUUAAUACUUAAGGAAUGUAUAUCUUGAUCACUGGUUUUCUUUCUACCUUUUUCCAAUUUUGCUGGCUUGAGUAAUUUUAGCCUAAGAAGAGAGAUUUUUACUAACAUUUUAAAAAGUUGUACACAUCUUUAAAAAGAUAUGCAUGUUUUGAGAGUUUACACAAAAUUUGUGAAAAACAAAUGUUUGAACAGAUUAAGGAUGAAGAGCAAUUUCAUUAUAACACUUAAAGUUCAUUGUAGUUUCUAAUAAUAUAUUGUUUUUUUUCCAAAGAAUAAUAAGUGCAACACUUUUGUUUUUAUGAGAAUAAAUAAAAUAAUAUUAAUGUUAAUUAACUUACUACUUAUACAUAUGAUGGGCAUUUAUAAUUUUAGUUUCUGUAACAUUUCAAAACCUGAGGCAAACUUUAACAAAAGUACGAAAAAGUUUAAGAACCAAGAAGAAAAUUUUGCACAGCUGGAGUCAAAAAGAGGAGCAUUUUUAAAGUGGAAAUUUUAAAGAAAAAGAAAAUUGCAUUAAAUAAAAACAAAACAAAAUAUAUUUAUAAAUAUAAACAAAAUAAUAAAUAUCUAUGUAUGUAUACAUAAUAGUAUAUGUACAUAUGUAUGUACAUGUAGUUUAUCAUACCAUCACUGCAAAAUACCCACACAUCUAACAACACAACCUACUACUAUAAUAACUUCCUCACAUCAAGUAAAUAUUGAAAAAAAAAAAACAAAAACAAUAAACAUUCAAAACAACCAAUAAGCAGCCACAAACAACAUUUUAUUUUGGAAAAAAACCAUAACAAAAAAUGUUAUGUAAUCUAUCAAGAAACAAAAAAAAAAAAAAAAGAAAGAACACGCUUAUUAAUUUGUCUAUAUUAAACUAAAUAUUAUCCAAGAAAAGUUAAGAAAAAACAGAGCAACAUUUUAGCUAAAUUUACGUUUUUCCUUUACAAACAACUUCUUAUAAUUUCAAUCAACUUUUUACCCAUUUUCAAUGUGGCUUUAAUUAUUUUGCUUCCAUACUUCCUGAAUUGAUAUGCUGGAAUUAUAACACAACAUCUAACUUGUUGUGUCAUUUGCCAAACACCACUCAUAAAAAUUCCUUAUUACAAAAAAACUCUGCUUAUAAAAUGGAAAAAUAACACAAAACCUACCAACCAAUCCCAUUUCCCUUCUUCCAUAAAUUUUUCUUUCUUCCUACUUCUUUUUUUUUAAUUUUAAUUUUUCUUUUAAUUUCUUUGUAAUUUUUAAAUUUUUGUAAAGAAUUAAAUUAGAAAAACAAAAACAAAAUCCUUAUUACAUGUUAAAGUAAAGAAACAACAAAAAAUUGAAAAAAAUUAAUAAAAAACAAAUACAUCUACUGUAUCUAUAAAUAUACGUUAAUUUUAAGUAUAUUAAACUUAUGUCUUAAUUUUUAAUUUUCUUAUAAUUUUUAUUUUUUAAUUUUACGUCGAAAUCAUAAGCUUUUUUGGUAUAUUUCUAUGUUAAAAAAAAACAAAAGAAACAAAAUAAGAAAUUUCUAAUUAAAAUAAAAAAA